ACUCCAGUUUAGUGCACCUUUCGGAUACAGAUGGAGGGAUAAGCGUGUUUAGGACUAUUGUGGGAAUGGAGAUAGUGGAUGUACGUCAGCUAUAGCAUUACUCAGGCGGAAAAGUCACUGUAGAAGGACAAAAUGAAUAAGAAAAGAUACUUUCUGGAGGCUCCAGAAGUCAAAGACUACCUGGUCAAAGGAGAAAGAUUCACCAAAUGGUCGGAGGACUCGACAAAGACUGUUCCCGUCACCAUGAAGAUGGAUCCGAAAGGUUUUUAUGUCUACUGGAUUAACCAGAGCAAGGAGACAACGUUCCUGGAUGUUGCUACCAUCAGAGAUACCAGAACAGGGAAAUAUGCAAAACUUCCCAAACACCCCAAGGUCCGCAACGUGUUCAACCUGGAUUUCCCAGACAGCAACCAUCUGGCCAAAACCCUGACCAUCGUCUCAGGUCCAGACACAGUCAAUCUGACCUAUCAUAACUUUUUUGCCUCCAAGGAGAAAGUGACACAGAACUGGGCUAAUGACAUCCUUGCAAUUGCCUACAAUGCUGCAAGAACCAAUGCAUGCAGACAAGUCUUCCUGGAUAAAAUAUACGUCCGCCUUUCUCUUCAGACCAACAAGGACGGCAAGAUCCCAGUGAAGCAUAUUUACAAGAUGUUCCCUGCGGAUAAGAAGAGGGUGGAAAGUGCCUUAGCAUCAGCACACCUCCCUAAAGGAAAGUACGACACCAUAAAGCCUGAUGUUUUCACUGAAGCUGCUUUCAAGACCUUCCUGACAAACCUCUGUCCUCGACCUGAGAUUUAUGAGAUCUUCACUUCUUACUCCAACAAACCCACCAUGACGAAGGAGAAUUUCACCAAGUUCCUCAACGAGAAGCAGAGGGACUCUCGGCUCAACGAGGAGCUGUUUCCACGUCUGAGGCAAGAUCAGAUCAAAGCUCUGAUUGACAAGUAUGAGCCGUGCUCCUCUAAUUCUAACAGAGGUCUGAUUUCUCCAGAGGGGCUUUGGUUUUUCUUGAUGGGUCCGGAGACAACAGUUGUGAUGCAGGACAGGCUGGCCAAGUGUCAGGACAUGACCCAACCUGUACCCCACUACUUAAUCAAGUCUUCACACAACACAUACCUAACAGCUGGUCAGUUUUCUGGCGUGUCCUCUCCUGAGAUGUACCGUCAGUGUCUGCUGUCCGGCUGCCGGUGUCUGGAGCUGGACUGCUGGAAGGGUAAACCUCCGGAUGAAGAGCCCAUCAUUACUCAUGGCUUCACUAUGACCACUGAGAUCCUCUUCAAGGAUGUAAUCGAGGCCAUUGCAGAGAGCGCCUUUAAGACCUCACAGUACCCCGUUAUCCUCUCAUUCGAGAACCACGUUGACUCCGUGAAACAGCAGGAGAAGAUGGCCAACUACUGCAAAACCAUAUUUGGUGAUGCCCUGCUAACAGAGCCUCUGGAAAAAUACCCUCUGAAGCCAGGCCAGCAGAUUCCCAGCCCAUCUGAGCUCUUGGGUAAGAUCCUCAUUAAGAACAAGAAGGGCAGCCAUGGGAAACCAGCUCCAGCUAAGAAAACCACCACAGCAACCACUGACCAGCCUGCAGCCACAGCUGCUCCCACCCAGGACCCAAACACCCCUUCCCCAGAUGGCACGAGCCCGGCCCCUGCCACCCAGGAGAACCAAGAAGGGGACGCAGCUGCGGAGGACAACGAGGAGCAAGAAGACACGGAGGAACAGGAUGAGGAGAAAAUGAAGACAUCAGAUGAGGGCACAGCUGGACAAGAAGUAACAGCGUACGAGGCGAUGUCAUCCAUCGUCAACUACAUCCAGCCCAACAAAUUCAUCUCUUUUGACAACGCCAGAAAGAAAAACAAGAGUUACGUUAUCUCAUCUUUUGUGGAGACCAAAGGGGAGGCGAUGAUUGCCAAGACUGCUGUUGAGUUUGUCGAGUACAAUAAGAGGCAGAUGAGCAGGAUUUACCCCAAAGGGACGAGAAUGGACUCAUCCAACUACAACCCCCAACCUUUUUGGAAUGUCGGCUGCCAGAUGGUGGCGCUCAACUACCAGACAAUGGAUUUCCCCAUGCAGCUGAACAUGGCUCUGUUUGAAUUCAACGGCAGAACGGGCUACUUGCUCAAACACGACGUUAUGCGCCGCGGUGACAAGAAGUUUGACCCUUUCUGUGACAGGAUUGACACCGUUGUGGCAAGCACACUGACCAUAAAGAUCUAUUCAGGUCAGUUUCUGUCAGAGAAGAGUGUUAAAACAGGGGUGGAGGUGGAGGUGAUUGGGCUGCCAGGAGACCCCAAGAAGAAAUAUCGCACCAAGUGGUCUACCACCCCCAAUGCCAUCAACCCAGUGUGGAAUGAGGAGCCUUUUGUUUUUGAGAAGAUCCUGCUGCCAGAGAUGGCCUCUCUAAGACUUGUCGUGCAUGAAGAGAAUGGAAAGUUCUUGGGCCACAGAAUCAUCCCUGUCGAUGCCAUUCAGUCAGGCUUCCAUCACAUCUGCCUGCGCAGUGAGAGCAACAUGCCUCUCACUUUGCCUGCUCUCUUUGUGUACAUCGAGGUCAAGGACUACAUCCCUGCUGCCUUUGCAGAUUUCACUGAUGCUUUAUUCAAUCCAACAAAGGGGACAGAGAAAACCACAAAGACCCCCAAAGAGUCAUCCUCUGACUACAUUUCUCCCUAUGAGUUGCCGCUUGUGGUCCAACCCCCUGCAGACACAGCUAAAGAAAGUGAAGCUCCUGCUGCAGAAAACGCUGUAUCCAAAGCUGCACCACCCACCGAAGCCACUGAGCAGCCAACCGAGACUCCACCAGAAGCUCCUGCAGAAGAAGCUAAAGAAGAAGAAAAAUCAGAUGCUACCCAGCCUAUAGAAGAGCCUCCUCAAGCUCCUGUCACUGUUCCUGCUGAAGAUGUGGCACCAGAGGCAUCUGAAACCGUUCCUGAAGCCACGGUUUCAUCUGAGGAGGCCGCAGCUGAGACAGACGAAGCCCCGGAGCCAGAAGCAGCUCCAGAAGCCAAAGAAGAAUCAGGCGGAGACACUGAUGCAAACCCUGAGCCUGCUCCAGACAAUAAGGAGGCCACAGAAGCUGCUGAAGAGCCUGCUGCUGCUGCUGAAGAGGCUGCUGCUCCUGAAGAGGCUGUGACCUGUCCAGUAAACACACUGACCGUGCCUGCAGGAUCAGAUGACUCAUCUCAGCCGCCGACCAGCAGUGAAGAGCCUUCGACUGUGACUACUGAGCAACUGACACAACACAAGAACUAUCUGAAGGUCAUCAAGCGUCAGGAGAAAGAGAUGAAAGAAGCAGAGAAGAAGUAUCAGAAAAAAGGAGAGGAUUUGAUUCAGAAAUACACAGACUCCUUCAAGGCCAUCAAGAAGAAAGCCUCAGUGAAGAAAAAAGAGGGAGGAGGCGACACCUCUGACUCCAGUGUGAGCAAAGAACGAGUGAAGGAGCAGAAGGAAAAAAUGCAAGCUGAGCUAUUAGCUCUGUGGACAGAGCAGUCUGACCAGAUGAAGAAGAAGAAAGAGCAGUGUGCCACAGAGAGACUGGCCAAACUGUUGGAGAUGGCCACAGAGAGACACAGCAGCGAGCUGAAGACCCUGGAGAGUGAAACCAAAGAAAACAAGAAGAAAACGCUCUCAAAAUGUUCGUCCACAGAGAAAGCAAAGCUGAAAAAGGGACAAAGUGUGGAGGUGUUGGAUGAGCCCAGUCAGUCCGAUGGUGCCCAGUCUUCAGAUUACAACCCACAGCAAGAGGUUCUGAUGAAGAAACAGGCCGCUACACUGGAAGAAAUCAAGGCCCUGACUAAUCAGCUCAAUCAAGAGGCCCUGAAGGAGCAUGACCAGAAAGUGAGAUCUCUGCCAGCAGAAGUGAAAGAGGCUGUGAACGUCUGCGUCGGGGCACAUUUCCCCGAACUGGUGGACGAGGCUGGAGACAAGAAGGUCGGGGGAGUGGGCUUCUACGGAGACGUCUUCCUGGGGUAGAUGUGCCUUUUGACCGCUGAUCCCUCAGUGCAACCCCACGCUUACUUUUUCCACACCUAUAUCUGAUUUCAACUACUUACAUAACCUGAGCACAGCAAGGAAAUAGAAGAAAAUAAUUUUAUUAGCAAAGAGCUCAGAGUGAAGUUUCAUUUUAGAUGUGCUAUUCAUAGUAGGAAUAUUAUAAAACCAGUAAUGAAUGUUUUCAUUGAUGUCUCAUAGGCCAAUGUUAGAUGAUUUGGAAAUCAUUUUUACUCUUUAUUUAUGUUUCUUUUCACCAGUGAAAAACACCCUAAAUUUGGCCACACAGUAACAAAUGUCUUCCAGAUGAAGGCCCCUUAUUAAGGUUGUAGAUUGGUACUCGUUUUCUCCUUUCUGUUCUCCUAAUGACUUCCAAAAUAGGAAUAAUUGUAGCAAGGAAAAUGUGGCAGCAGAAAUGGGUUAUCGGAGUCUGCAGGCAGAAUGAAACAAUGACUCUGUGUCACACUUCAGUACAGCUUGAUUUGGCAUGUGUGAUACUCUGCAGAGUAGCAUUCAUUCGGACUCUGUGAUGUAACCACAAAAAGUGAGAAUAAAAAAGUUUUGCAGAAUAAGAAUUGAAUUCACUCAGUAGCAAAUAUUAAAAACCCGCAACAUGUGGACAUAAAGAACAUGCUACACUAUACAUAAACAUCAUACUGACCACAUAAUAUGGAAAUUAGGUUUGGAAAAGUGGAGCUUAUCUUAUAAUUGGACUCAUCCUAUUAGGACAUGUAUUACCUUGCAGUCAGAAUUUUUCUCAUGUGGUGGGUUGCAAAUGAAUAAACUUAGAUUUACCAUGAA